ACCACCCUUCACCUUCCCCUUUAAACCUUAAUCCCCUUUAACACAUUUUUAAACAACUCCAUCCCUUUACUCAAUUCACCAUUAAAAAAAAACAGAACCACUUCUUGAGUUUCAUGUUGAGAACGAAGUCCAUGCCUUAUUAAUCUUCGGUUCCAUGUGAAAUCCACCUAAUAAUCUCGUGUUGUGUCGUCAGAUUCCCUUAUUCAUGGUACUGGGUUUCUGUUGCUUUCUUCUUUUUGUCCCUGUUUGCUGUGAUUCUGAAACUUCUUCUAGUGCAUAGAAAUAGAGUUAUGGUUGAGACCCAGUUCAGUUCAUUAUGAAAUCUCAGCUUCUCGGUGCUCAAAACAACAUUUCUGAUCCUAAUUUUGAUCAUCAAGCUCGGGCUAAAGACUGUAGGCCUCAAUGUCGAUCCUAUGCGGCUGCCCUCUCAUUGAGUGUGUUUACUGUCUGGCCUGUACUCGGUGGGCUUAUAAGCGAUGCCUCCACACAGCAGGCCAUGACAGUGAGACUUGGGGCCUUUCCAGUGCUGAAGAAUUUGAGCCUGUUCCUCGCAUCUGCCGCUACAUUCUAGCUGUCUAUGAGGAUGACCUUAGGCAACCCCUUUGGGAACCCCCUGGUGGGUAUGGAAUUAACCCGGAUUGGUUGAUUUCGAAAAAAACAUAUGUGGAUACCCAAGGCCAAGCUCCUCCGUAUAUAUUGUAUCUUGAUCAUAAUCAUGCCGAUAUAGUUCUUGCAUUUAGAGGCCUUAAUUUGGCAAGAGAGAGUGACUAUGCAGUUUUAUUGGACAAUAAGCUGGGGAAGAGGAAGUUCGAUGGUGGAUAUGUUCACAAUGGGCUAUUGAACGCUGCUGGAUGGGUUCUUGAUGAAGAAUGUGGGACAUUGAAAGAUUUGGUGGAAAAGUAUCCAAAAUAUACAUUGACUUUUGCAGGACACUCCCUAGGUUCGGGUGUAGCAGCAUUGUUAACAAUGCUGGUGGUGCAGAAUAGGGAUAAAUUGGGAGACAUUGAGCGGAAGAGGGUUAGGGGAUUUGCGAUGGCACCAGCGAGGUGUAUGUCAUUGAACUUAGCUGUCAGAUAUGCAGACGUUAUCAAUUCUGUUGUGCUUCAGGAUGACUUUUUACCACGGACAGCCACACCCUUGGAAGACAUUUUCAAGUCACUUUUCUGUUUACCUUGCCUGCUAUGCUUACAAUGUAUGCGGGACACAUGUAUACCUGAGGAGAAGAUGAUCAAAGAUCCAAGGAGGCUGUAUGCGCCUGGCCGCCUCUAUCAUAUUGUUGAGAGAAAGCCCUGCAGGUUAGGAAGGUUUCCCCCAGUUGUCAAGACAGCAGUACCUGUAGAUGGGAGGUUUGAGCAUAUAGUUCUCUCUUGUAAUGCCACUUCGGAUCAUGCCAUCAUAUGGAUAGAAAGAGAAGCUCAAAGGGCUCUAGAUUUAAUGUUGGAGAGAGCUCAGGGUAUGGAGAUCCCACCAAAGCAAAGAAUGGAGCGGCAAGAGACUAUAGUGAAAGAACACACCGAGGAGUAUAAGGCUGCAUUACAGAGGGCUGUCACAUUGGCCGUGCCUCAUGCAUACUCACCAUCACCAUACGGAACUUUUGACGAGCGGGAAGAGGAGGACCACUCUUAUGGAUCAAGCGGGGAAUCGUCCUUCGGCUCAACUAAGAAAAGCAAGACAUUUGUAGAGCGGUUUUGAAGAGAAAACAGUGAAAGUAAAAGAGAGGUCAUUUUUUGUUGUUGUACAUAUGAUGAUUGACCAAUUCAUAUUGAUGUUAGUCCUUUUUUACAUAUA